UGAGCGCGGCAGUUCCACCGCGGCGAUGGAGGCGGUCACCUUAGGAGGCCGGGGUCUGCGGCUCUGGCGGGUCGCCCGCGGCGGCGGGGCCGGCUGGAAAUUUAUAGCGACAUCGCCAGCUUCUCAGCUUUCAGCAACUGAACUGACAGAAAUGCGGAAUGAGCUCUUUAAUAAAGAGAAAAGCAGGCAGUUGUCGUUAACUCCUCGAACUGAGAAGAUUGAAGUGAAGCAUGUUGGGAAAACUGACCCUGGCACUGUCUUUGUGAUGAAUAAAAAUAUUUCGACUCCGUAUAGUUGUGCCAUGCAUCUAAGUGAGUGGUACUGCAAGAAAUCCAUUUUGGCUCUCGUGGACGGACAGCCUUGGGACAUGUACAAGCCUUUGACCAAGUCCUGUGAAAUUAAAUUUCUCACUUUCAAAGAUCGAGAUCCAAGAGAAGUGAAUAAGGCUUAUUGGCGUUCCUGUGCCAUGCUGCUGGGCUGUGUGAUAGAGCGGGCGUUCAAAGAUGAGUACGUGGUCAGUUUGGUCAGAGCUCCAGAAGUUCCUGUCAUUGCCGGAGCCUUCUGCUAUGAUGUAGUUUUGGAUAAAAGACUUGAUGAAUGGAUGCCAACAAAAGAGAACCUGCGUUCCUUCACAAAAGACGCUCAUGCUUUAAUUUAUAAAGAUCUUCCAUUUGAAACUUUGGAAGUUGAAGCAAAAGUGGCAUUAGAAAUAUUUCAGCACAACAAGUACAAAAUAGAUUUCAUAGAAGAGAAAGCAUCUCAGAACCCUGAGAGAAUCGUCAAGCUGCACAGAUUUGGUGACUUCAUAGACGUGAGCGAGGGCCCUCUUAUUCCGAGAACAAGUGUUUGCUUCCAGUAUGAAGUGUCAGCGGCUCACAGCCUUCAGGCCACGCAGCCAGGCCUCGUCCGAAGAUUCCAGGGGCUCUCUCUACCUACUCACUUAAGAGCACAUUUUACAAUAUGGAAUAAGCUAUUGGAAAGAUCUCGGAAAUUGGUAACCGAAGAUCAGACCAAACCCACAGAGGAAAGUGCGCCUACCUAGAAACUUCCUAAAAUUUAAAUAUGUAUGAUAAGUUAAAAUAAAAGUUUUU